AUGGCUUCCAUCCCCGUGUAUAUACAGCGAAACACCGAGACGCUCCUUGAUAUAGCUACCGAUGUCAUCCACAUGCUUAACCAGGCAGGACAAACACUAGGAGUCGCAGAAUCCCUGACGGCGGGUGGUGUGAUGGCCGCACUCACCUCUGUGCCAGGCUCCAGUGCAGUAUUCCGUGGUGGUGUUGUGUCCUAUGCAACACCUCUCAAGCAGCAACUCCUGGGCGUGGAUCCAGACCUGAUCGCUACGAUGGGUGUGAUUGACCCCGAUGUCGCAACACAGAUGGCCGAAGGCGCUCGCAAAGUCACAACUUGUGACAACAGCCCAACAGUGUGGGGUAUUGGGACAACGGGGGUCGCUGGUCCCGCAUCUCAGGAUGGAAAGCCUGUCGGCACGGUGUAUAUCGGCAUUGCGUCACCUACUGGGACCCGAGCUUGGGGUCCCUUCAACUUCCCUGGAACUCGGUGGCGGGAGGAAAUAGAAGAGGAUUCAUGCCGGAUCUGCCCAUUGCUUUUACAUCUCAACACUGGGUACACCAAGUUAUAG